GGAGCGGCGCUUCCGAUCGGUGCCCUCGCCAUUGUGGCUCGGCUGGAAACUUGACUGCGUUAGGGCAGUGACUUCCGGCGGAAGCAGAAGCUGGUUCCGAGGUUUGGCAGAAUGCAGGCUCGGAGUGGGCUCUAGUGGCUCUAGUGUUGGGAUGAUGGCGUUUGAGCAGAUACCAAAAAAGGAUUGGUACAGCAUUCUGGAAGCAGACCCAUCUGCAAGUGUGUCAGACCUAAAACAAAAGUAUCAAAAACUCAUUUUAAUGUAUCAUCCAGAUAAACAGAGUGCAGAUGCGCCAGCAGGAUCAGUGGAGGAAUGUAUACAGAAGUUCAUUGAAAUUGAUCAGGCAUGGAAAAUUCUAGGGAAUGAAGAGACAAAAAAAGAGUAUGACCUGCAGCGACACGAAGAUGAUCUAAGAAAUAUGGGACCAGUAGAUGCUCGAAUAUAUCUUGAAGAAAUGUCUUGGAAUGAAGAUGAUCAUUCCUUUUCUCUGAGCUGUCGAUGUGGUGGAAAGUACAGUGUUUCAAAGGAUGAAGCAGAAGAAGUUACGCUGAUUUCUUGUGAUACAUGUUCACUAGUUAUCGAACUCCUUCAUUAUCGCUGAGAUUGUUCACUAAGUGGAAUUCUUUAGUGUUUUCAGACACAUGGAGGAGAGGCCACUCCACCCUUGUCCAUUCAAGCAAAUGUAUAAAGCUGAUUAAACAAAAGGAUUUCUUUUUUUUGUCAGCUCUGUUUUUGCAGAGAAAAGAUAAGACUGUCAAGCAGAGGCCACCUGGAUUAAGAGAAAAUUAAUUUCAUGAUUCAUAUAUAUUUAUAAUUAUACAUCGCAAGAAAGUGGUCUUGAAUGUAAAUUUAUAUUAAAUAAAUUCCCACCUGAAAACCUUAUUAUUUGUUCACUUUCCUAUUGGUACAAAGUAAAAAUUUUCCUUCCUUCGUG